CCUAAACUUUUCAAAAUGUGUCGUCUCUUCAAAUGAACUAACGGAAUUCUUGUCUUGUUUCUUGUGUAAAAUAAAUAACGGAAACAAUUGUUCAUAUAAUUUUGCUCAUAAUAUUAUUUAUAUUUUGAUUUCAAAAGAUUAUUCAUUGUAAUUGUAUCAAUAAAAAUUGUGGCAAACAAUUAUUUCCAUCAACCAAAUAAUUAAUCCAUGAAUUUGCAUCACAAUGUAAGUUUCUAGUGCAAGAUUUUAUGCAUCGCUUUGCUUGUGUAUUGUGUUGUGUUUUAUUUUUGUUGAGACAAUUUAAACAUUUUCUGUGUAUUCUAAUCAAUUCAACUUUUAUUACUACACAAUAAGAAUAACAUCCGGUUGCUGUCGCUGUUGUUUAUGAUUUAUACAAGUCUUGAUAGUUUCGCUUGAUUGUGUCGCGAGAUGUUUUUAAAUUACAACUAAUUACUUAUUGGAAUAAUAAUAUAUAUGUACAGGAAUUUAGAAGCGGAUUCCUCCAGCACCAGGAAAAUUAACUUUUCACCGCCUCGGAAGAAGAAGAAGCAGUCUAAAAUGGUUGAUCCCAGAGAAAGCUUAGGGGAAUUUGAUUCCUCUAUUUUUGAUGCCAGUGAUGGUCAUAAAUUGGUAGCUUUGAUUCGAAGAAAAAAAGGCCUAAAUGUCCAGACUCAAAAAAUUUUCGAUGAUGUUCCAUCGAAUAGGCCAAGUUUAAAUAUUGAAAUUCAAAGGCUUGACGAAGAGAAAGAAAAUGAAACAUUAAAACCACCAGAAACAAUUCAACAAGAACCAAAUCCUCCAGCUCCAUCAAAUGCAGCUGCUGAAAUCAAUAGCGAAGUUCCACCCACUGCCGAAUUCGUUCCGAAAUCUCCGAAAAGAACAUCAAUAAGAAGAACAAUAACAAGUCCAAUAAUAAAAAUGAGUUCGACCACGUUGGGAAGACGGACAUUGCUCAAAGAGUUCGAAAAGGCAUUUGCAAAUGAAAGUCGAUUUCUUCCAGAAAUAUGUAGCACUCCAAUAUGUUCUGAUAUGCCAAACAAAGUUAAUCAAGCAAAUACAAACGAUUUGUUGAAAAACACCCAAGGAGCUGAAAGGACAAGCCCAGAAGAAAAUGUGGUUUGCUCACACAUAACAAUAAGUGAUGAAGGCUCUCCAGCUGAACAAUUACAAAAUACAUUGGAAAGUUGUAAUGCUCACAAAAAUACAAUUAGGUCAUUGUUAAACCAAAAUCAACUACUCAAUGACCUUUUAGAUGGAUCACAAAAAGAACCAAAUGCAAAUCUAUUAAAUGAGCGAGAUGAAUCUUCAAAAAAAAGUCCACGUCGAACUUACACAGUUGAAUGUGACAUUUCAAAUGGAAAAAUAACUUUGUCACCUUCUAAAGCUCGACAAAAUAAUGAAAUAAUCCCAAAGGUGCCUACAAAAAAACUAGUUUCAACUCCUGAACAGUUAAGGGUGUUCAAAAAAUUAGGUCUAGUUUUAAAUAGGGCAAGCCCAACUAAAAAGUGUCAGGAACCUACUCAAAAAUCAUCACGUAUACCAAUUCCAUCUACCAGUGCUGCACCGAUUGUUGUGAAUCAAGAAACUACGACAGCAGAGUUUGCACCGAUUGUUAUGAAUCAAGAAACAACGACAGCAGAGUUUGUCGAACAUUUACAAAAAAAAGCAACUCCAAACUGUUCGAUGAUUGUUAUACCAGUAAAUCAGACUUUUAACCAAAUCCCCGCAGAUCACACAAUCACAAUUGCUAAGCCCAAAAAUGCAACUUCGCCUGUACAUGAAAUAACUUCAACCAUCUCAAGUCAUAACACAAUGCCAGCAGGCAGUCCUUUAAAACAAAAGAAGGAGCAAAGAACACUGACCCGUGUUGAUAGCCCCUCAAACAAUGUUAUAUCAUCAACUACCAUCUCAAAUGAUGAACGACCUAAAGAGUCAGAACAUCGGUCUUCAUCAACAACCACCUUGAAUGAUGAACGACUUAAACAUCCAGAACACCCGACCUAUACCUUAAAAUGGGACGAUAUUAUGACUGACGAUGCCUCCAGUUCAGAUAAAAGUGAUAACCGGUCAUGCCAUAAGGAACGCAAUUUACCAAGUGGUCUUCCACAAAAUACUUCUAACAUCGAUACAAAUAUAUCUCAGUUAGACGAAGGAAAUAACAAAGAAAUUGAGAGCUUUCAGAAACUUCCGCCACCUCCUGGAUUUUGUGACGUAAGCGUACAUUCAAUUUUGGAACGCACAACUUCACAAUCUCUUGACCAAGACCAAGACUUUGUAGAUGAGCUUAUUACAGACAGAAUAGCCCUGUCACAGGAUGCGUUUAAAAGACCCUCAGAAGUAAUUGGCAAGAAAAAAAGACGGAAAACCAAAGCCAUCCCCAAAAAUGUUAAAGAAUAUCUAGAUGUAAAUAAGAAGGUUGGCAAAAAUCGUUAUUUGAACAUUUCAAAACGGAAACUUUAUAGUAAAGGCAAUUCCUUUGCAGAAUCAUCAGAUGAUUCUUCUUUAGAGAGAAAACGAGAGAAGGAUAAAUCAACCAGAAAAUUUUCUAGAUCUCUUUCCAGUAGAAGUGUUAAAAACACAGAAAGAGAAACAUCAAAGAAUGAUGCUUCCAGUAGAGAGGGUCAGUUGGAGUCUACACCAACAAAAAGACACAUCGCUUCUAGGCAAGUGGUCCCAAGAAACGAACUUAAUAUUAAAGGACGUCAACAAAUCCGAUCAAGACGGAGAUCAUCUCCAAGUUCAUCAGAUCUAGAAACGUCUGUUCCACAAACACCAAAUCGUGCUAAAAACACAAGAAAAACAAAUAAAAGUAAAUCAAAAAUAAUUGAUAAAGAAGCUAAACGUAAUGAGGAACAUCAUAUUCCCCUAAGAGAGCGGACAACUAGAUCACAAAUGCUAGAAAAAAGGUCUUUCGAGGUUGAUAGUGAACAAACUUUAGUGUUAAAGCAACAAUUCGAAUCUUCAUCAACAACGAGACACAUCUCUUCUGAACAAGUUCUCCAACAAAACGAACGAUCAAGGCGUAGACCGUUACCUAGUUUAUCAGAUCUAGAAACAUCUUCUCCAAAAACUAGAAAUCGUUCUAAAAAUACCAGAAAAAUAAAUAAAAGUAGAUCGAACAUAAUUGAUAAAAAAGCUAAAAGUAGUAAAUUAGAAAAUCAUAUUCCCCUAAAAGAGCGUUCUACUAGAUCAUUGUUGCUAGAAAAAAAGUCAACCGAGGUUGAUAGUGAGCAAACUUUAGCGUUACAGCAACAAUUGGAAUCUUCAUCGACAACAAGACACAUCUCUUCUAAGCAAGUUCCCCAAAGAAACGAACUUAAUCUUAAAAAAUUUAAAAAUAUUCCAUCAAGGCGGAGCUCUUCUUCUAGUUCAUCAGAUCUAGAAACAUCUAAUCCAAAUACUACAAAUCGUUCUAAAAAUACCAGAAAAACAAAUAAAAGUAGGUCAACAAUAAUUGAGAAAGAUGUUCAAAAUAAAGGUGAGGAUCACAAUCUUACAGAAGAACGUGUCACUAGAUCACUACACAGAAAGUCAACCGAGGGUGCUAGUGAGCCAACUUCAAAUUUAAAGCCACAAUUGGAUUCCUCAUCAACGCAAAAAAGACAAAUCUCUUCUAGGCAAGUUCUUCCAAGGCGAACAUCUUCUCCUAAUUCAUCAGAUCACGAACAAUCUACUACACAAACCAAAACUACUAGAAAAACAAAUAAAAGUAGAUUAAAAUUAAUUGAUAAAACUGCUAAAAGUAAGAAAGAGGACCAUCAUAUUACCCUAGAAGAACGUGUUACUAAAUCACUAUUGCUAGGCAGAAGGUCUUCCGACAGCGAUAGUGAACAAACUUCAGUUUUAAACCAAUGUAAUAUACUCUCGCCUAGUAGAAAAAGAAAUUCGACCAAUUCUUUCAGAUCACUCUCACAGCCUAAGAAAUCUAAGGUUCGGACAUCUAGUUUUGAAAGAAGUUCCCAGAAAACCAAAGUCAAUAACAAAGACGUGGAAGAGCACAUUACAGUUUCAUCAUCGAAAUCACAAGCUCAAGAUAUUAAUCCAACCGAAACAAUAAAUCCUCCGGAACAAAGCAACAAUCACGUAGUUGAAAGUAAUCCAGAAAAGAAUGCUCCAGCACCUGCGCCAUCUAAAACCCGAACAAAAAAAGCAUCAAAGAAAAAUAAAGAACCAUCAUCACCGUUUCAAAAUCCAAAGCAUCCUAAAACCACAUUGGCAAUCAAUGCGGAAAAUCCUGAUGGCGGUCUUGGUCCUCGUCGCUCAAAGCGAGAAAAAAAAAUGCCAACAGCAUAUUGGGCUUGUUCGAAUUCUAAGUAUACACACGUGUAUGAUAUAUAUACUAUGUUAACCGAAGGAAAGGGAAUGAAGCCUUACUUCCCCGAAUUCCUUUCGAAGCCUAAAUCAAAAGAGAAGGAUACUACGAGCGCUGAUGAUAAUUUAGUAGCAAAUACUAAUACAGUUGAUUCAAGCUCGAAAAAAGAAAAAACUAAUAUUAAACAGCUAUCGAAAAAACAAACAAACAAAAACAUAUCCAAACAGUCACAAUCUACAACUGAACUACCCAGUACGAGUGGUACAAAUGGUACGAAUGCUUCCAGUGACUGCCCACCAAUGCAAGACCAAUUAGCUGAAGAAAGGCAAUCGUCAACAGUUAAAUCACCAGAAAAGACAAAAUCUCGUAUUGGGCCAAAAUCAAAAAUAAAUCCUAAGGUUAAAUUGAAAAAAUCAAGUUCUUCCGAACAGGGUAAUAGCAGCAAUGUUCCAAGUUCAAAACCCAGUCGGAUUAAUAAUAAUCCAUCAACAGAUGCUACCGAUGGUGACUGUCAAACUGAUGAUACCGAGUUUUCAAACCUUCAAACAAGGAGGCUUACAACUAUAGCGGAGGAUGCUCCAACACAAAUCAACCACCAACGCAAUAGCAGCACACUCAUGCCACCACCGAAAACAAAUUUAGUCAAAAAAGUGAACACAAUCAGAAAGAAUAACAGUUUUCAUACGGAGCAUGACGACUCUAUAGCAGAUGUCUCAGCAGUCCAUGUAAAUAAUUUGUUUGAUCAACUAAAAAAUUCUAGCAUGAACUGCAAAACGAUGAACAGAAAUCGACUGGCAAUGAAUUCUAGUGAGCAGGUUUCCCUAGAUAGCCGUAGUAAUAAAACAAAAAAUCCUUCUAAAUCAGGGGGCAAGCAAAAAAGGAAUACAUCUGUUCUUUUGCAACGUUUGAAUCUGGAACAGGAAGGUUCAUACUUCAAUAGCGAAAGAAAUUUUGAUUCUGGAUUUUCUUCCGAUCAGAUGAAUUCAAUAAAUACAAAAAAAGACAUCCUUCUGGAUUGGCUGGUUCAAAUGAUUAAUAAUUGCAAAACUCCUUCCAAUCAAGAAAAGGGAUUGGCUAGACUUUUAAAACCAGAUGGCUUUGCGAUUGGUAAUGUUUCUGAAUUAACAUUUGAAGAAAUCGACGGUGUUGACUAUGCUUUCUACAAUAGUAAUGAUCAAAAAUUUGGAUACUUGCGUUUUAAGCCAAGAACGCAAAAAAAAAUAUCAAAGGCAAAGCGAUAUGAACUGAAUUUUGUGCUGUUGGGUGGAAUAAUUGAAAUAUCUGUAAAUAAGCAAACUUUUGACAUGAAAAAUGGCGAUCUUAUUACAAUUUUUAUCGGAACAUCGUAUGGCAUGAAAAAUGUAACUGACGAUCCGGCUUUAGUCAUGGUAAUAAGAAAAUAAAUUAAAAACUAACUGUACAAAUUAUUAUAAAAUAUUACUUCAUGAAAUUUAAGCAUUUUGUUAUUAUAAAUUAUGUAAAUUAAUUUUUUCUGUAAACUAAGGUAUUGAGUAGAAUUAUUUCUCAAUACUCGGCUUAUGGCAAUAGAUAAAUAUUAAAUAUAUUUUUUUAUGAUGAUUGAUUAUUGGUUUGUUAUAAAAUGGUUCAAUGUUUAACAACUGAAAAUUGUAACCGAUCAAGCAAAAUAAAUCAUAGGAACAACAAGAACAAGAAUUCUAUGUUUAAUAUUUAUGUAAUUGAAAAUGUAAUUGGAAUUAAAUUUUUAUAAUUUAACCUAAGAUCGUAA